AUGACCGCAGCUCCCGAACUGAAACCAGACGCUUACGAUCACUUCAACUUGGUUCAGCGAUCCAAUAAAGGUUUUAAGUACCCUAAAGUUGCUUUUGAGCCCUUCCGGAAAUGUCCCUUAAACAACGGCGGCAACAACAAUACGAACAGCAGCUGCACCACAACCAACACCACCACCACCACCACCAACAACAACAACCACAACAACAUCAGCAACAACAAAAACCCUUACCAUGUGGAAACGACAACCGAAGACCUUUUUAGAAAAUGUCGUGUCAACAACGAAAUUUCGUUGCCAAAAACAUUUACGACCCGUAAAGGGGCAUUACUGCUAUUUUCCGAAGACCUGGCGUUGAGAAACAAACAAUGGAAGAAGGUUCGAGAUUCCAUGGAACAUCUGGAAGGGGACAACGAUAAAGAUGAAGAUGUAAGGGAGAAUGAGAGGAAGGAAGAAAGGAAAGAAAGGGACCCUGUAAAGGGUACGCAAAAGAAGAAAUUCCGUAAGCAUGAUGUCGACAGGUAUAGAGAAGUUCGGACUGUCGGAGAGUUUGCUAAGACUGUUCUUGCUUUUGGAAAUUCGCAUUCGAAUGAAAAAUAUGCUCGUCUCGUGACCAAAAUCGACGACUUCCCGCGUCAAUUCCGUCCUGGCUUUUCCGCUAAACGCUAUUUGUCCAUUUGGAGCAAAUACUGGGACCAGUCCACUGUUGACCAACUGGUGGCAGACGGUCACCUCCAGAGCAAACCAUCAUUGGAUCAACUCCCAUACUCUCACAGCUCAUUCGAUGACAUUUCUUCAUCACCGCUCCCUUAUCGACUCCUUCAUAACAUGUUGCUACCCGAUCCCUACCGUUAUACAUUUGCACACGUCUUGUCCAACGACUACCAGUUGAAACCAGACGUCUGCUCUUAUUGUUGCACCUCAAAUAAGACGUCAGGGUUUCGAGACCUGCUCCCGCCGCUGUCGCACCAUCACCACCACCACCACCGCCGCCACCACCAUUACCACGACCACGACCACCAAGAAGAAGGAGUCCCCUACCAGAAUUUGAACAAACAGCAACAACAGACCAUCCUCACGGAUUACAUUCUUCAGGCCACCGUAAACACAGCGUUCCAAUAUCAUCAUCAACAUCAACAUCAUCAACAGCUGAAGUCAAUAUUGGCUACUCAGAACCAUAGCCGUUUUCGGUUCCAGCGUCCAGUUACCAAUUUGGCCGGUAAUGAGCGAAAUAUACAGAACCAACUCCAUGCGAGUCACAAGACUGCCAAAAGGACAUCCAGAUACGCAAGACUUGACGCGAACACUAGAAAAACCACAACAGAAAAUACAGGACAGUAUGGUCAUGUAGAAUCCGUGGAAUUUCCAGAACUAAAUCCUGUUAGAAACGCAGCAGCAGCCACUACCUAUGCUCCUACUACUUUUACUAUCCUUCCGGUACCAAACUAUACAACCAAGACAACUCUUGCAGCUACUACCACGUCUACGUUUACUAAUACCAUUACCCACCGGCUUAAUGGCGAACAUAGUGGCACUACUGCAAACGAGCACAUGACGACGAAACACUUGUUAACAGAUGUUAAAGCGUCUAAGGAGAGCACAGUACGGUCAUCACUCACUCUGCCUCUUAUACAACAGAAGCCAAAAAGUCUAGCUACAACUUCCACUUCUUGUGCUACUGCCGUCGUUUCUAUAGAUGCCGCUUUUCGUUCAGGAUACGAGAAUAACGUUAAUUCUUAUGACCAAACAUCAUCUCUGCUACCGUUGAUCAGCGAAAGUUCCAGAACGGCGAAACAGCCGGCCCGUAGCAGCAUCACUCAACCUUGCACCAAUCUCCCUCAUGUCCCUCACCGUCUUUUCCCUCCCAUUCACCCUCCAACUCCUGCUCCAUCUCCUCCUUCUUCUCCUCGUCGUCCUCCUCCUCCAUCCGCUCACCUUCAGCAUCCGCCGCCUCCGCAGCAUCACCAACGACAGCAACCAUACUUUCUUCCACCCCUUCAUUCUCCACUCCCCUACUCAUGCUCAUCUUCCGCCUCCCACUCUACAUCACCAAAGUCGUCAUCGCCUCCUUUGUCAUCGUCAGCAGCACAGGAGAAAAUUCGAAGACGCACCUGAUAUCAAAGGAAGUAUCGUGUAUGCACCGGGAGGAGAGAUAGUGCACGUUGGUGGUGCAGUGCAGCACAGGGGUGAACUAUAUUUACCGGACAUCUAUACAGAUGCAAGGACGGCGCAGCCAAAUGGUCACCACGGAAUCUAUAGUGAAGGACAACGCGCUGCUGAGGCAGAGAAAAGAAGUUCGACUUCGGAACCGACAGCAUCAGAAGUGAUCGAAAUGUUGGCCACAAAUGCUCAAAAGAUGGCCAGUUUUGUUCUAGAGCAGGAAGGUUCCGGUUUGGAUUUGGAUUCUGACAUCAGGGUGGUUAGUCGAGAAGUAUCACGUGCCUUGUCUCUGAAUUGUGAUUGGCUGACUGACGAAUAUAUAGAAAACCAAACAGAAAACAAGGACAGUCAUGAUAUGCCUGCUUGUACUCGUUCCUCCCAAGAAAUACCCGACACCACACACCACCAGAAACAAGAACACCAUCAUCACCACCACCUCCAACACCAGCAACAACAACAUCAACACCAGCACGGGCAUCUCCACCAAGACGAUGCCACCGCUGCCGUUUCUGCCACUGCUGCUGUUUAUGAUGAUGGUGGUGGUGGUGGUGGUGGCGGUGGGGUGGCGGUGGUGGCGGCCUGGAGGUGGACAAUGAGAAGGAAAUAAAUGAUGAAGGAACGAAAUAUCCAAGUGGAGAUGGAUACGGAGAAGUGGGGGUGGAGGUUGAGGUGAUGGAAGAAGGUGAGAGGAAAGGAAAAAGAGGAAAGGAAGAAACAGAGGGAGGAGGAGGA